AUGUCACAUCACCAGAUUAAGGAGCUACAGCACGAGCUAGCAGAGCUUGGUUCUGAUGCAUCCUCUCACUACGCGAGAGGUCUCUGCUUCAUGCCUCAUCUUCAAUCACUGAGUCUGGGGAGUAUUGAGGAGCUAGUGCACAAGAAAGCAUAUCUGGGUUCUGCUGCGUCCUCUCAUUGCGCGAGAGGUCUCUGCUCAAUGCCUCAUCUUCGAUCACUGAUUCUGAACAGUAUGGAGCUGAGUGAUAAGUUCUACUCAACGAUGGCCGAUGAGGCAUCAAAAUCAAAGAUUGAGAAGCUAAGGCACUUUGAUGCAGAUCUGGGUUCUGCUGCAUCCUCUGAUUACGCGAGAGGUCUCUGCUUCAUGCCUCAUCUUCAAUCACUGGAGCUGUACAGAGUAGAGCUGAGUUAUGAGUUCUACUCAACGAUGGCCGAUGAGGCAUCAAACUCAAAGAUUGAGAAGCUAACGCACAGUGAAGCAGAUCUGGGUUCUGCUGCAUCCUCUCAUUACGCAAGAGGUCUCUGCUCCAUGCCUCAUCUUCGAUCACUGAGACUGGACAUUGUGGAGCUGAGUGAUGAGUUCUACUCAACGAUGGCCUCUGAGGCAUCAAAAUCAAAGAUUGAGGAGCUAAAUCACCGGGAAGCAGAUCUGGGUUCUGCUGCAUCCUCUCAUUACGCGAGAGGUCUCUGCUUCAUGCCUCAUCUUCGAUCACUGUGUCUGUACAGUGUAGAGCUGAGUGAUGAGUUCUACUUAACGAUGGCCUCUAAGGCAUCAAAAUCAAAGAUCCAGACGCUGAGUGUUAAGGAUGUUUCCAUGAUGACUCCACGGAGACUACUCUCCAUUCUCUCGCUACCACGCCUCCAGUCACUCACCUUGAGGGAUAUCAGACAAGUUGACAUAGACGAUGGAGAGACACUGACUCGUCCAACCUCAGUAGAUGAGCUUACUGUGGAUGGUAAGCAUGUGAUCAGCCUGUGGAAUCUUGGACUUCAUACAUCAUGUCCCAGAGUGAAAAAACUCAAACUGAGCUACCAGAAAGAGGAGAAUGUCUCAUCAGACAUCAUUACAAUGGCCUGCACUCCAUUCUAUCAUCUAACUCACCUUCAAAUCAAGGGAGAUAAGUAUCGAUCAUCUACUACACUGAAUGAUCCUGUGUCAUUUUGUGAUGCGGUAAAAACAUCAUGUCCUCAACUCACCAAGCUAUCCUUUAUGUGGAUUAAACUGAAGAACGAGAAGGCAGCCGAGGUCAUCCAACUCAUGAAGACUCAUCCACACCUGACAAGCAUAGAGCUACGGAGGUGUCCUACCAACACGGGUCUGGAUCCAUUGGUUUCUGAGGUGAACAGUGAAGGCAAGCUGACUGUCACCGUGGAGCAUACUUGGCGGUGAUGAAUGGGAAGAUAAUGCUCGAGUGAUAUGUGGUUGCGCCAUCAAGCAACAACGUCAAGUAACAACGUAUCAACGUUUUGUACACGUUGGAAGCUAGCUGACCCUCAUCAGACCAUGUGAUGGCAGCAGACUACUACGGCCUUGAAAAUGAAACCUGUCGAAUGUGGACGUAACCAGGCUACCCAAAUAACUAAUUACUACUGAAGGAUCAUUAGAGUUAACAUGUAUGGAAUACAGUAUCUUAAGCAAUUAUUGAUUAUACUCUGUCUGUCUUGAUACUUUUCAUUUUAAUUUAUGCAAAAGUUGACUCCCUGUACAAUAUGUAUUUUAGUUUUGUAUAUGUUUAUAUAUGUUUAUAUUUUAAUUUUUGUUUGUAAACUGAACAUUUUCAGCCUGCAAGCUGCUUGUUUGAUGUAUUUUUGCAAUAAACCAAACCAAUUCAAUGAAUAUAACUCCAAGAUAAACAAAGAUUCGACGCCUUGUGUGCUCUCAACAUUCAAUAUAAUAAAAAAAAGAGGUUUCCUGGUGAUGGAAAUAGGAUGGAUUAUUAUGUUAAAUCAAUCUAUACAAUACAACCUACAGCAUACAAUAUACAGCCUACAAACAGCAAGCUAUGUUAGGCAUCUUCAUUUCCUCAUUUCCAAUCUUACUUUUAAAGUCCUUAAUUUACAAGUAACUACCAAAAAAUCAAAGUGAUUUGAUAUAUUUUAUGAACUUACAUGUAUUCAAAAUACGUCUGUACUGUUACUAUCAUUACAUUUCUUGUAAAUAAAGCUAAAAAUGUGUAACCUGAAAUAUGAAAUAUGAAAAGAACCAAACUGAACCAAAGUGGAUUUGAACAAAUCCAAACUCUCUGUUGAUUGUUUAAUACCAACUCCAACUGGUUUGAGUUUUCUCAUAUUGGCUAUACUGUAAUGAUGAUUAUAAUAUAAUGCAUUGCACAAUCAUAACAAGGUCAUCAGGAAUCUAAUCCGUAAGGUUCUUUUGAUAUAUCCUUCAUCACGGUGAUACAUGUAUUCUGUAAGAAUUCAAAGGAGCUUUCCUGUAUACCAGGAUUUAUUUCAUUGUCUACGGGUAAAGUAAUUUGUAUCAACUUUUUCCUGUUUAACCGACAAUACAUCCAUUAUCAAGAAAGAUUGUUGAUAAUAUUGAGUGUAGAAAGUGUAUACUUGAUCUAGACAAGUUUUAGUCUUAUUUCUGUUGUAUCCAAUAAAUUCUUGCUUUUGAUAUUGAACAUGUUUUUCUAACUUUAAUCAAAUGGUUUGGAAAAUGGCGUUUGAUGGAACACUUCUCUCGAUUUACAGGAUUAUUGUUGUUUUAUUUAGUAUCAUUAGACUGUGUAUCUAUUUCCCAUCACAAUGAUGCAAUGUAAGUUAUGUUUAUAUUCGUCUGUGAUCAGUAGAUCUGAAUAGGAUAUAGACCAAUGUAAUAGCUUAUAGGUUGCCAAAGGUUUAUUCUUAUAUACAAUGACCAUUUCUUUCAAUUUCUAUUUCAAACAUCCAUUGCUCCUGUACAGUGUUUUUACCAUUACAUAAUAUCAAUGUUUACUCUAUUAUAAAUAUAUGUUCAUUUAUGUCUAUAUUGUAAUGAUUGUUUCCAUUAUUACCUGAGUUGUAAUGAUUUACCAGUUUGUGUGCAGUACACCUAAAUAUGGGAAAUAGAAGUGGAAUCUUGCAACGUGUGUUAUGUUAUAUUCUCUUUGUUCGAGCUGUAUUUAUUUAAAGCAUUGUUGAUCUUGCCUUGAUAAAAUCUGGAAUCAUCUAAAAGCAAAGUGUGAAUCCCUCUUUUUGUUAUAUUUCCAAUGUUCAUCGAUUUGCAGGACUGCUGUAACGCGUUAUUGAUAUCUGGAAUGUAUUGACUAUGUAAAUAUAUAUAUAUAUAUAUAUAUAUACAUGUAUACUGUUCUCAGCUGAGGAAUCACAUUGCAUUCAUUCACGUCUUUCCACAAACGUUUUUUUAUAUCUGAAUUUAUUUUUGCAAAUGUAUAUAAGAGUAUAUAUUUUUGUAUGUGAAUAAAGUGUAAACA